AUGGAUUCAAAGAAAUUAAGUAAAAUAAUAGAGCUAAUUUUCUUAUCAAUUGCUUGGUUAUCAGUACUAGCCUGUUUGAUUAGAACAGAUUUUAAUUUCCCUUUUGCUUUCUUUUGCUAUUAUUUAUGGAUAUCAAGAGAUGACAAAGCCAAUUCCUUAAUGUUAAUGGUUUUAAAUGGAAUCUUAAUUUUAGUUGAUUUAAUUUGGUUAUUGUCAGUUGGAUCUAUUUGGACUGCCACAGAAAAAAAUAAUCCUGUUUGGGGUAGAUUACAUGGUCUCCAUGUUUUCGUAAUCUUCAUUAGCAUUGUGAAUGCCUUAUUAAAAGUUGGAGCCAUUGUAGCAAUAAAUUCUUAUAGAGGGAAUUAACAACAAGUUGCUGGUCCAGUUGGAACUUAGAAUCCUUAAUAAAGCGGAUUUAAUGACAUGUCUUAGAAUAGAUAAUAACCAUAUGCUUAAUUUUGA